AUGACGACCGAUAAGCCCCUCCCUGUAGUGCAACCAAACAGCAUCAAGUUCGCGAUUGACCGUGGCGGCACUUUUACGGAUGUUUGGGCCUCUAUCCCGGGACGUGAUGAUGUGGUUCUCAAGCUCCUGUCGGUUGACCCGGGAAACUACGAUGAUGCACCGGCAGAAGGCAUUCGGAGAGUGUUAGAGAUGGUCUCAGGCGCUUCGAUACCAAGGCGAGCCCCUAUUCCGAAAUACUUGAUUCACUCUAUUCGUAUGGGGACAACAGUGGCCACAAAUGCACUGUUGGAAAGAAAAGGAACUAGGCAUGCGUUCAUGGUGAACGAAGGCUUUGCCGACUUACUAGACAUCAGUUACCAAGCUCGGCCGAGCUUGUUUGAGUUAGGCAUUCGCAAGCCCGAGCUACUCUACGAUGAAGUUAUCGAGAUCUCGGAGCGCAUAACGGUCGAAGAGUUUGACGAAGACAUCACCAAAGACAAACGUUCGCCCCUUAAGGAGAUCCCCGGUGUGCUUGUGAAGGCCAGCACUGGCGAUAUAAUGCGCAUUAUCCGACCUCUUGACGAAGGUGAGGUCCGCGAAAAGCUCCAGAAAAUCCAACUAAAGGGUAUCGACACACUGGCAAUCUGCUUGGCUCAUUCAUACCUAUAUCCUAAUCACGAAUUACGCAUUGCCGAAAUUGCAAAGGAGAUGGGAUUCGGACAUGUGUCGACGUCUUCAUCUGUUGGCUCCAACAUGAUCAAAAUGAUCUCACGUGGAAGUUCGGCAUCUGCUGAUGCGUAUUUGACCCCUGAGAUUGUGCGGUAUGUGUCUGGUUUUGCUCAAGGCUUUGCAGAGGGCAAUUUGGAUGGUGUUUCCUGUGAGUUCAUGCAGAGCGAUGGCGGACUUGUUAGCCAUAAAACGUUCAGCGGCUUGAAAGGAAUCUUGAGUGGUCCAGCUGGGGGCGUGGUUGGUCAUGCACGAACGUCGUACGAUGGAAAAUCUCCAAUUGUUGGCUUCGACAUGGGAGGUACAUCGACCGACGUGAGCCGUUACGGUGGUUCCUUUGAACAUGUGUUCGAAACCACUACGGCCGGAGUAUCGAUUCAAUCACCGCAGCUUGACAUCAACACGGUCGCAGCGGGAGGUGGCUCAAUGUUGUUUUGGCGGGACGGACUCUUCAAAGUUGGGCCUGAUAGCGCCGGUGCUCAUCCUGGACCUGCAUCUUACCGUAAGGGGGGCCCACUCACUGUUACGGAUGCGAAUCUCUUCCUUGGACGGUUGAUCUCCGAUUACUUCCCAGCCAUCUUUGGCCCAAACGAAGAUUUACCCCUUGACUCUGACAUCGUCGCCAAGAAAUUCGAGGAACUGACGGCGCAGAUCAAUGCUGACACUGGACGCACAAUGACACCAGUUGAAGUCGCCCAUGGCUUCAUCGAUGUUGCCAAUGAGUCCAUGAGCCGUCCGAUUCGCGCACUGACCGAAGCCCGAGGUUUUGAGACGAGUCAACAUAAUCUCGCCACGUUCGGAGGUGCUGGUGGCCAACAUGCGUGUGAAAUUGCACGCAAGUUGGGCAUCAAACGGAUAGUCAUGCACAAGUACUCGAGCAUCCUAUCGGCAUAUGGCAUGGCAUUGGCUGAGAUUGUUCAAGAAGCCCAGGAGCCGAGUUCUGAGGUUCUCACCGACGAAUCCAUUAGCCGUCUUGAGAAUCGUUUUGUCGAGUUGAAGUCCAAAGUGACCAAGGGCCUGGUAGCACAAGGCCUUCAAGAGUCUGCAAUCGAGCAUCAAGUUUACUUGAACCUGCGCUACCACGGUACUGACACCCAUUUUAUGAUAAUGGAACCCGCAGAUGGCGACUGGAGAGCGGCCCUGGAGACUGAGCACUUGAGAGAACUAACAUUUAUCUUUCCCCGGGAUCGGAAAGUUCUGGUUGACGAUGUCCGUGUCAGAGGUGUCGGCAAGAGUGGUGAAGUCAGUCAAGACAAUGAAAAGCUUGUAUCCGAAUUGCAGACCAGCAGGUUCUCUACAGUUGAAGGGGCUGAGGCAAGAGUUACGGAUGUUUUCUUUGCCGAGGGCGGCUUGCAACCAACCAAAGUUUUCCGCCUCGAAAGUCUGUCACCUGGGUGUGUGGUGAAUGGUCCGGCCAUCAUCAUUGAUAGCACACAAACUAUUGUGGUAGUGCCUAGAUCCCAAGCAAAGGUCCUUAGCUCUCACGUGGUCAUCGAUCUCAGUGAGAACAAUACAGUACAACAAGAUCAAGUGGAGCAAGAAUUGGUGGUGGACCCCAUCAAGCUUAGCAUCUUUGGACAUCGGUUCAUGAGCAUCGCAGAGCAAAUGGGAAGAACACUCCAAAAAACAAGUCUAUCGCUCAACAUAAAAGAGCGCCUGGACUUUUCGUGUGCCAUCUUUAGUCCGGAUGGUGAACUGGUUGCCAAUGCUCCUCAUGUGCCUGUUCACUUGGGGAGCAUGAGCUAUGCCGUCAAGUACCAACACGAACUCCAUAUGGGCAACUUACGGGCUGGCGAUGUCCUGGUAUCCAAUCACCCAGAGGCCGGUGGUACUCAUCUACCAGACAUCACCGUCAUUACCCCCGUCUUCGAUCAAGACGGUACAACGAUUUGUUUCUACACGGCCUCACGCGGUCAUCAUCUGGAUAUCGGGGGAUACCGUGGAACCGACUCGACCGAGCUAUGGCAAGAAGGUGCCGCCAUCAAGUCCUUCUUUCUCAUUAGAGAUGGUCACUUUGACGAAGAAGGAAUUGUCGCCAUCCUACUUGAGCCUGGAAAAUACCCUGAGUGCAGCGGCUCCAGGCGCCUCGACGAGAACCUGUCUGACCUCAAGGCCCAAGUGGCCGCCAACGCCAAAGGGAGCCAUUUAAUUGACGCCCUCAUGGCUGAGUACGGCAAGCACACUGUUCAUUUCUACAUGCGAAAGAUCCAAGAGAACGCCGAGGUGGCCGUGCGUGGAUACCUCAAGUCAGCUUACAAGCGAUGGGGUUCCAAACCCAUCAAGGCGAAGGACUACCUCGACAAUGGCUCUCGGAUGGAAGUAACCAUCCAACUUGAAGAAUCGGGCUUCGCAACUUUCGACUUUGCCGGCACUUCGUGCGAGAUGCUUUCCAACAUGAACGCACCACCAGCCAUCACCUAUUCGGCGUUGAUCUACACGCUCCGCCUUCUGAUUGGCUCCGACAUUCCCUUGAAUCAAGGAUGUCUUGCACCGACCAAGGUCCUCAUUCCCAAGAACUGCUUCCUUAAUCCAAGUUCUGGUCCCGCCGUCUGCUGCGGCAACACGCAGACGUCCCAGCGUCUCGUCGAUCUUCUACUUAAAGCCUUCCGUGCCGCGGCAGGCUCACAGGGUGACAUGAACUGUCUCGGAUUCUUUGGAAACUUUCUUGAUGAAACUGAUGAGGAGAAGUCCGCAGGCUUUUCUUUCCGAUACGGUGAGACUAUCUGCGGUGGGGAGGGCGCGGGUCCGACUUGGCAUGGGGCUAGUGCCGUUCAGAUUCAUAUGACCAACACGCGCACGACGGACAUAGAGAUCAUCGAGAAGCGGUACCCUGUACUGAUCCGUGAGUUCUCCAUCCGCAAGGGUAGUGGAGGAAAGGGAAAGUUCAACGGUGGAUGCGGUAUUGUGCGAGACUUUGAGUGUAGAUAUCCCAUCACAUUCGGUCUAAUCACCGAGAGGAGAGUCCAUCAGCCGUACGGAAUGAUGGGUGGUGAAGGGGGCGAAUGUGGUGCCAACUACUGGGUGCAGAAGACAAAGGAGGGAGAAGACAGAUGGGUUAACAUUGGUCCGAGAGGUCAGGUCGAUAUGAAUACGGGGGACCGGUGUGUCAUUCAUACCCCAGGUGGUGGAGGAUGGGGCAUUCCUGAGAGUGACGGCCAAGAUGAGGGCAUUGAUGGCGUUGAGACUGUGGACGUUAAGAAAGGUGGUGAGAAGGCAAAGGUAUCCUAUCCCAGAGCGGCGGGGAGCUUGCAGGCAUAUGCGGCGGCACAGGAGGCUGCUUCGUAG